AUGUUAACUUGGAUGGCAGCACGUCAGGCAUCAUUAGAAGCCUUAUCACGUCAACAAACUGUAACACAAAAUGUUUACCGUAGUGUACACAGAAAUGAAAGAAAUAUUCCAACAUUACGUAAAAAAAAAGUAUCAGGAACAUCUAGUGAUGCUGUUUUAAAUUUUAAUAAACAACGCUCUUUACAAAAGAUGAAUCCUUAUGAAAGAAGUGAAAUUCUCAAUAGAAUUGGUGGUACAUGUAUAAGAAAACUUCAUACAACAUCAACAAAAAUGAAUGAAAAAGAAAUGUUUAAUAUAAAAGAAAUUAUGAAUGAUCUUAAUUUUAAACCUGUUUAUAGAUUUAAUGGAAUUUGGGUUGGGGCAUUUUUAGCUAAAGCUAAAUUAGCUCAAACUGUAGUUUCAUUAUUAUUAAUACCAUAUGCAUCAUAUCAAUUAUCUACAGGAUUUUAUGAUUUUAAAUAUUUCCUAAUUAUAACAUUUAUUUCAUUACUAGCACCAAUUUUUCUUUAUAUUUUUUCUAGAUUUUAUUCAAGAGUUAUUGGAGUUAUUUCAAUGUCUGAAUGUAAUGAAUAUAUAAGAGUUGGAUAUUUAUCAUUUUUUGGUACUAGAAAAAAUAGAUAUAUUAAAGUUGAUGAUAUUGUACCUAUAUUUGAUACAUCAUCAAAACCAUCAAGAAAUUUAAUAGUUCCACUUUAUCAAAACUCUAGAAAAGAUCAUCUUUAUCUUGCUACAAAAAGUGUAGAAAUUGUUGAUGAAAAAAGAGCCUCUUCAUUAUUUGGUAGUUUGAAAAUUUUUAAUAUUGAUAAGAAAUUAAAGUAA